UUGAGGAGUAGCGCGUUGUGUGAGUGGUUCGAUUUUUAGGUUAUAUUCCCGUAAAUAAAACAACUUUCCUUAUUUUCUAAUCAGGUGGUGGUUUAUUAAUACAUAAAACCAAAGGUUAGUUUAGAUGGACGGCAACGAGAAGGAGAAGCCUCCAGACGAGGAUGGUGAUAACGGUAUGGACUGGGAGAAAUACACGCGCAAGCGUAACUUGGAUUUAUCACCAACCAAGCUGGAGCCUUCCCCCAAAAAAAUUGUAAUUGACCCGGCAGAGUCCGAAAAGCAGUCGGGUAAUACAAAUAGUGCAGUUGAGGAGCCCGGUACUAGUAGGAUGGUCGAGUCUCAUGCGAACAGUCAAAAAGAGUCAGUUGAAAUAAACAAAAGUAACUCAACUGAAUUUAACCCGCAUCUAUACAAACACCCCAGUCUAGACAGCAAAUCACGAGAGUAUGGUGCCAACGAUGAUGGACCUUUCAUAGUGCAUGUCUCUAGAGAGGCCGCCCCUUCCUCCAGUGCCACUCUAAAACCCAUAAAUGUAGGCCUUUUACUAACUCAGGCAAACGUCAAUAACAUCCAGAAGGACGGUGGCAUUAAAUCGGUGGGUCGCAACAGAGUAGCGGUCACUUUCUCCACAGCUGCGGAUGCAAAUAACUUCCUGAAGCACCCGCUUCUAGGCGAAAAUAAGUUUAUAGCUGAUAUCCCUUCAUAUCAUGUAUCUCGAAUGGGAGUGGUGCGAGGAGUUCCUUCAGACUGGACUAUGGAGGAAUUGGUCAAUGGAACGUCCCUUAGAGAAGGUAAAGGGAAGAUCCUUAAAGCUCGUCGACUUCAACGGAAGAUACUUAAAGAUGAUGGCUCCCCGUCUUGGGUUCCGACUCAAUCGGUAGUAGUAACUUUUGAGGGUCAAAGCUUGCCUGCCAAAAUUUUUGCAUACUACACCUCAUUAGUUGUGGACGUGUAUCAGCUGCCAAUAAUCCAAUGUAGGAAGUGCCUCAGGUUUGGUCACAUCCAAGCACAGUGCCGGUCUGAUGCUAGGUGCUACAAAUGUUCACAAAAACACCCUGGGGAUGGAUGUAACAUUGCUCCUGAACAUGUUAGAUGUAUAUUCUGUUCCGGCAGACACUAUGCGACUGACAAGACAUGUAACGAAUUUGGUCGGCAGAAAGCCAUCAAACUGGCUAUGUCUGAACAGAGUAUUUCGUAUGCAGAGGCAGCUGCUCAGUUCUCAUCAGUACGCCGCCCAUACUCUGACGUAGCGAGAGUCAUGUUUGAGCAGAUUCCAGACUCUUCUAGAUCGUCCGAGUCACCCUGCCAUACGUUUAUGCCAACAUCCCCGCCUACGACAUCUUAUCGUAAGACCAUUUAUCGGGCGCCCCGGGCGAGGGUCCCCCUCUCCCCAGGUUAUGACAGAGAGGCCCACAAUAAUAUUGUUCGUACUCCCCCACCACAGCUCCCCAAUGGCCAGGCCCUGAAUGGUGCUUGUUUAAUCACUAUGAAUAUUUAUAUAAAAUAA